AUGGCAGACCAUCUACACGACUAUCCUCUCGAUUGCGCUAGGAGGGACAUCAGGCUUUUAACAAUUUUACCCGCUGGGAUGUCUAAAGCUCCUAUUAGAUGUUCCCUGCGGGUUGCAUCAUUGGACACUUUCCCUGAAUAUGAGGCCAUCUCGUAUGUAUGGGGUGACACUCGAGAGAUGAAUGAGAUCCUACUGGACGGCCGUACAAUCCCGGUCCCAAAGAAUGUCCGCCGAAUCUUGCAAAGACUCCGCCACCGCACGAAGCGACGUGUUUUAUGGAUCGACUUUGUCUGCAUUAAUCAAGACGAUGUAGUAGAGAAGAAUACCCAGGUUCCCUUGAUGAGUGCAAUAUAUGCCAAUGCUACAUCUGUGCUCGCCAUCAUCAGCUUGGAUAACCUCUGUGACAAUACGGCAGAUGCCAUGAAGUGGCGGAAGAUGUCCGACAUGGAGAGUCGGAAAUGGAAAGGCGCAUGCUGGUGGAUAAAAGGCGUUCUAUGCCGGAUAUCAGUGCGGUAUGAAAAGCGCUUUUCUGUCUCUCUUGGGAACAUUCUCGAUUUUAAUCACCAUUUUUGGCUCGCGGAGUACUGGACGCGAAUGUGGACAUUUCAAGAAUAUCGAUUGUCACGAAGGAAGCCACCAAUCUGCAUAUGUGGCGAUGUAGAAUUCCCAGCCAAAACUGAGUUCGAUCGUUUUUGGACAUGCUACGAAGCAACAGACCAAUUUUUUAAGAUGCAUUCUAAGGUUAUAACCGGGAGACGGAUGCGAUUAGAAGACCACUACGUAGAGAUGAAAGCACACAGGAAAGAGCUGUCUGAGGAGGCAUCCAGACGAGAUUUUAUAAUCUCCAGCCAUACGUGGACCUCGGAGAAGGACGAGAUAUCGUUGCUAAGCCUCCUGGAGGAAACAAGCAGCCGCAAGUGUCAAAAUCCCAAAGACAAAAUAUAUGCCUUAUAUGGUCUUCUUCCAUCAUUACAGAGGGAAUAUCCGCCGGAUUAUAACAAGCCUCUGUGCCAAAUUAUUUUCGAAACAGCAAAGCACCUUCUGCAAGAGAGAUUCGAAAAUAUCGUUAUGCUAGAUCGGUUCUGCCUGCGGAAGGAUCGGCUGGAGAACGUUUCGAUUCCUUCUUGGGUGCCGGAUCUCACAACGACAGUUAAGGUGUCCACGGCCAAUGAAUGGGCUUCUUACUCUAGAAGGCUUUCACCCUGCCGUGAUAUCCAACCAAUCUGGCAGCCACGGUGCGAUCCUGUCACGGAAGAUCCUUCUGCCCUACGAAUAUCAGGGCGUCUGAUUGGAAAAUGCAGACCAAUGUUUCAGUUCGCAUCCGACGUGAAGAGCGUCCUGGCCCAAAUGAAGGGGGUAAUUAAAAUACACGGCGAUGGGCACCAUGUGUGGGAUAAUGUCUGGGAGCCUGAGAACAUCCCACACAGAUUCCUUCGAGCAUGCGGUGUUUUUUCCGAAUAUAGCCAUGCCGCAUUUAAUAUCGACUGCCCGAGAUUUUUCUUGACAAGGCUAUGCGCCGUAUUCCAGACAUUAGACUUGAUCCACCAAGAUACUGACACAAUCCUGGAGACGUUAGCCGCAGCGGGGUUUGGAUUUCUGAGAGAUCUGGUGCCAAGACUAUAUAGCAUCAAAGUGUUUACUAUCCAUCAUACAUCCUCUAUCGGCUUUGGCCUCAGUGAACAAAAUGUGGAAGAGGACGACCAGGUGAUCGUUGGCGUUUAUCAGCUCGGCAUUCCCGUUGUACUGCGACAAGGCUAUGGCAUAGACGAUAAUAGUGACCAAGUAUACUAUAAGUUGGUAGGUUUUGCUUAUGUGGACGGAAUCUGUAUUGGUGAUAUGGAUUGGUCUGAGGGUAUGAAACAGUCUACUCCAUAUCUUCGCCAUCUGUGUACAGUGUCAUACGAGGAGGUUCUUUUAAACUGA